GCCAGAUAUGCUCCUAGGACCCCAUAGUUACGUGGCAAUAGCCAGUUGUCACCUGGGAUAGACUUUUAGAUUUCAACAGUGCAUGCUGAGUCUUACAUCACUCUGUUAGACAGUGGAUCAAGACACAGCUCUCAGCUACUUCUAUAGCACGAUUUCUGCCUGUAUCACCAUGCCUUCCCUCCAAGAUGAUAAUGGACUAAGCCUACGAAACUAAUUGCAACUGCGGCAAAAUUCCUGCCCAAGUUAUUGAGGGAUAUUAACCUCUGGCCAAAGUACAAAAAGCCAAGGUGUGUACAAAGAAGUAGCCUAGGAAGGCAAGGCCAGAGACCAACAUGGACAAAGAUCUUCAUAGAGUAAAAGUCUAUGUCAUGGUGGAAGACAAGCAGUGGAGAGACAUAGGCUCAGGACAAAUUUCAACCAAAUACAUUGAACGACUCCAAGGCGUGUGCCUGCUUGUUCAUUCAGAAUCAGAUGACUCACUGAUUAUGGAGUGCAAGAUACAUCCUAACGUACCCUAUCACAAACAACAAGGGAGUAUAAUCAUUUGGUCUGAAGGUAAGAACCAUGGUAUGGCAAUACAUUUCCAGGAAUCAAAUGGUUGUCAAGAAAUCUGGGAAGAUAUCUGCCAAGUUCAAGGAAAAGAUCCAAAUGUAGAAAUCUCAAAAGAAAUUGCUAAUGAUCUGGAAAAUUUUGAAGAUUGGCUGCUGCAAUGGAAUCAGGUUGAUAUGCCAAAUUGUAAAGUCCCUACAUUUGAAAAUAUUGUAAUUUUGUUUACUCUUGUCAGUGAAAUGCCAAGCCUCAAGGAAAGGCUGGUGCUGGUCUUAGAAAGUGAAGGUUACCUUAAAAAAUUGCUGCAGCUGUUCAACACUUGUGAAAAAAAGUUGAACAUUGAAGGCUUACAGUAUUUGAAUAGCAUCAUUAAAGGAAUCCUGUUUCUAAAUGAUACACGCUUGUUUAGGAUCAUGUGUUCUGAUGAAUUUUUUAUGGAUGUGGUAGGAUGCCUUGAAUAUGGCCCUGGUUUGGAUCAGCCAAAAGGACACAGAGAAUUCUUGACUCAAAAUGUGAAAUUCAAAGAAGUUAUCCCAAUAACACAAUCUAAACUGAGGCAAAAAAUACAACAGACUUACAGAAUGCAAUAUGUUCAUGAUAUAGUGUUGCCCACCCCAUCCAUAUUUGAAGCAAAUCUUCUUUCUGAUCUUACCACUAUGAUUUUUUUCAAUAAAAUUGAAAUAAUUACCAUGCUGCAGGAAGAUGAAAAUUUUUUGCUUGAAGUUUUUGCUCAGUUAAAAGAUAACACUGUUGGUGAUGAGAGAAAGCAUGAAUUGUUAUUAUUCUUCAAGGAAUUCUGUGCAUUUGCUAAGACAUUGCAGUCUCAAGACAAAAAUGCAUUAAUAAAAACACUGAUAAAGCUAGGAAUCAUGAAUGCUCUGAAAGUCAUAGUACACAUGCAUGAUAAUCAAAUACAAAUAGCUGCUCUAGAUAUAUUUGCUUAUCUAGUAGAAUAUAAUCCUCGCCUAUUUCAAGCAUAUGCAAUGGAAGAAGCUCAGAACAAUGAAGAUAAUGAUGACCUUCUCAUUAAUAUAAUGAUCAAAAAAAUGAUCUGUGAUCCUGAUCCUGAAUUUACACGAGGCAUCUUUUUGCCAGUAGUUCUUUAUGCCCUUCUUGAUCCAGAAAAUAUGCAUGCCACAGCUAAUAGAUGUGAAAGAAAAGGAUUUCUGAAUUUCUUCUAUACACGUUGCAUGAAUAAUGUCAUAGCACCAAUUUUGUCCACCACAGCAGAAAAUGACAGCAAAGGUAAUAGGGCUAACAUCUGCCCCGAUAAUUAUCAAACUGCAGAAUUGCUUGAAGUAAUUUUAGAAAUACUCAUUUUUUGUGUACAAUACCACUCCACAUAUAUAAAAAAUUAUAUUUUGAGCAACAACUUACUCAGCAGAAUCCUGGUGCUGAUGAGUUCAAAACAUUCUUUUCUGGUUUUGUGUGCGGUCCGGUUUAUGAGGAAGAUGAUUGGCCUUAAAGACGAAAUGUAUAAUCUUUACAUAAUUAAGGAAAACCUAUUUGAACCAGUUGUAAGUGUUUUUAUGCAUAAUGGAUCUCGGUACAAUAUGUUAAAUUCAGCUAUUAUUGAGCUAUUUGAAUUUAUAAGACAAGAAAAUAUCAAGUCUCUCAUUGUAAACAUUGUAGAAAAAUUUUUUAUUGCUUUUGAAUCAAUUGAAUAUGUCCAGACCUUUAAAGGAUUGAAGACUAAAUAUGAAGAGGAGAAGAUGAGCGAAAGUCGAAUACAAACAUAUUUACAUAAUUUGACAUACCAGAAAAUAUGGUGUAGACGUAUUAAAGUUAUGGAGGUAAAUGUCAAGGCAGACAUAUGUUGUAGAGGAAUCACAGAAGAAGAAAAAGAAGAAGAAGACAGAGCUAUUCUACCAAUGGGAAGUGACUUUCCUAGUAAUUACGACACUUUUAUGAAAAUUAAACAGACAAAUGAAAGAGAAAAUGAAAUAGAAUGUCCUAAAAGAAAAUCAUCUGAUGCCUCUAAGUAUUCUCCAUCUCAAGGCGAUGAUUCUGAUAAUGGAAUGAGCACAGUUUACUGUAGCAGCCUUGUUCCUUUAGUGGAUUAUCCAUAUGAUUCUGAUGGUGACAGUGAUGAUGAUCCCUAUGGAAAUGAUGAAAACAAAAAUGAUAAUGAAGGUGAAGAGCCACCCCCAAAAAGACCUAACCUUAGUUCAUAAAUCAUAUGAGGCCCUUAUCUCCUAGUUCAAAUAAAAUUCAAUAAAUAUCACAAAUUGAAAAAUCUAAUUAAAAAAAAUCUUUCUUCUAUGGAGUUUUAGAUAUGGUAGAAUAUGGAACAAAAUAAUGAAUAAGAGGCCUCAAUUUUAUAUAAUGAAAACCUCCCAUAAUAUAUAUGCAUAGUAUAAGAUAAAGAACAUCUAAAUCAUAACUUCUUUUCAAGAACAUCUUACUUAAACAACAUGGUUUGGAAGGAGGAGUUUGAUAAAGUAAUAUGAUUUUUACUAAAGUUUAAAUUUUAGAAGCAACUACAAAUGGCGUAUUGCAAAGCCUACUUUCAAAAAAAGAGUCUAGCAAUGGCAUUUUUUCAUAAUUUGAAGUUUGUUUAAAGUAUCUUUUGUUUGUAUGGAAGAUAAAGUCAUAUUAAAUUAAAAGUAAAGUGAGACUUUUCAACAUUUCUUUGAAGAUUUAACAGAAUUUCAGCAUUAUGAAUGACAAUAGGGAGACAACAUUCAGUGCAAAUCAGUACAAUUUUUGUGAAUAAAAUGCUAAGCUGGAUCCUAAA